UGUUAGGGGCUUCCCGUCCUUUACUUUUCAGAACUACUGUCUUCUAUAUAUACAAUAGUAAGUUGUAUUAGUUGAUGUUAAUCAAGAUAUAAGAGUUUUCAUUUUUCUCUCAACUUCAAGUUGGUAUCAAGAGCCAGACUCUUUGUCUUCUUCCUCUAUCGUCGGCGGCAUCAUCUCCCUGUCAUUUCCGCUGUUCGCCGUCGUCGCGUCGCCGUCCUCUGCCUUCGCCGCCACCGUCUGCCGUCGCUUUCUCCGGCAAAGUCAAGGGUUAGGUGCGCCUUGAGAAGCGCAACCCAACCCUGGUGGUCUCGUCCUCUGAAACCACCGCACCUGCUGUCACGCGCCGCUUCUUUUCGGCCAGUCUCGAGCGCGUAUUCUGCACGCGCCGCCUUCCUGUGGUCGGAGCUUCACCGUGUCGCCGCAGAACGUGUCGCCGCAGAAAGUCUCGCCGUAGCUUCUGGAGUGUGUUUUGGUUCCUGUUUCUCUGUUUCGUUGGCUUGGGCUCAUACCUAGGGUUUUCUCCUUACGUAUUAUGAAACCCUAGGUCCUAUUUCUUCUCUCAGUUUUAAAAUGGCUUCUUCUACUGGAAGUAAUUCCUCUUUAUCUGCUACCCCUAUCAUUACAUCUGCAAAACUGAAUUGGAAAAAUUAUUUAUCAUGGUCCUCUAGUGUGGAGUUGUGGUUUCUUGGUCAAGGACACCAUGAUCACCUUGAACAAGAUAUUUCUAUGGUCCUAGAAGAAGAAAAAUCUCAGUGGCAAAAAUUAGACUUUCAAUUAUGUGCUGUUUUGUGGCAAUCAGUUGAGCAAGAGGUUCUAGAUAUCUUGAGACCCUAUAAGACAUGCUCCUCUUUUUGGAAAAGGGCCCAAGACAUUUUUGCUAAUGAUGUACAACGUCUUUUUGAUGCAACCCAAAGAGCAACUUUUCUCAAACAAGUCAACCAUGAUAUGGUUUCUCAUGUUGCAAAAGCUCGGGCUACGGUAGAAGAGUUAAAGAACUUCUUUGUAGCUGACUCAUUAGAAAAUCUCAACAAAAAGCUUGACAAGUUCUACAUGGUCCUAAUCCUGAAAAGUUUACACUCUGAUUUUGAUCAUGUAUGUGAUCAAGUUUUAGCUGGUGAUCAAAUCCCGUCGAUGGAUGGCUUAGUUACUCGACUCCUUCGGAUACAUUGGUAAAGGAAGAGAAUUUAAAUGAUGUUAUUGAAACAUCAGCAAUGGUGACACCGUGAGGAAGAGGAGGAGGUAGGAGCAAUCGAGGAGGACGUGGUGGUCGAAGUAGACGUCCUCAAUGCUCAUAUUGUAAGAGAAUGGGUCAUACCCAAGAUAAA